UUUCUCAAUUUACUGGGUUGCGUAAAGUCGGUCAUUCCAGGACAGGUUGCUAAUACAGUUUGAUGGGAUACUGGUACAUUCCUCCAUUUUCCAUUUGAACCAAUUCUGUGAUUUGAGAACAUGGGGCUCGGAGAAGUAUUUCAUUGUGAUCCCCAGAGCCAGAUUGGGGGGGUAGCUCAUUUGCAUCUUAUUAUCCUAGCAUGCGCCGGCGCAUAUAAAACUGGCGGCAGGCGGCCUUCACUCUAGACAAGACGCACAGUUCAUGUUGAGGAAAGACGUUAGAAGGUGGCGAGGAAGUAUGUUGGAUCAGUGACAAAUCUCCUUGGCAUAGACCAAAACACACAAAAGCAACAUCCUAAAUUUGUCGCCCCGUUCGUUUUGGAACAAACUGUGUCAAAUAAUUGUUACAUUUUUGGACUGGGAUUAUCGAAUUGUAACGGAAUUUUGAGGACAGAUCUGCUCAGAAAACUAUCUCCAAUAUCUCUUUUGGGAUUAAUCUUUUUGUUCCUUUGACAUGAAUGAAAACGGCGUGGCGGACAACAGAAACUGAUGCGAAGACCUCGUAAGAGAAGAAACGAGGUCAAUGAAUCAUUCACAGAAUACGAUUUGAAAGGAGGCGUCCUAAGCUGAAGUUGAGCUGACUCUCUCCAAGACUUUUUUCCUAUUUAUUUAUUUAUUAUUUAUUUAUUUAAUAUGGGGCGCGCUAUUCUUCUGACGGUUGCCGUUAUGCUAGUCAUGCUUUGUCAGGGUUUUUGUUCGGGAGUUUUCGAACUGAAGUUGCAGGAGUUUUUGAACAAGAAAGGGGCCCAGGGUAACAAGAACUGCUGCAAGGGAGGACUUACGACAUCUUAUCAGCAACAAUGUGAAUGCAAAACUUUUUUCAGAAUCUGUCUGAAACAUUAUCAGCCAAACGCGUCACCCGAGCCACCUUGCAACUACGGCGGCGCUGUAACGCCUGUUCUUGGGUCAAACUCUUUCCAAAUUCCAGAAGACAUAUCGGACAAUUCAUUUACCAAUCCCAUCAGAAUUAACUUCGGUUUCACGUGGCCGGGGACGUUCUCGCUGAUCAUUGAAGCAUUGCACACCGACUCCAAAGACGACCUUUCGACUGAAAACCCAGACCGUGUUAUCAGUACCAUGACCACUCAGAGACAUCUGACGGUGGGAGAGGAUUGGUCUCAGGACUUACACACGGGAGGAAGAACCGAGCUGAAAUACUCAUAUCGCUUUGUCUGUGAUGAGCACUACUACGGAGAUGGCUGCUCGGUUUUCUGCCGCCCAAGAGACGAUGCCUUUGGUCACUUCACAUGUGGAGAGCGCGGAGAGAUUGUUUGUGACUCUGGGUGGAAAGGCCAUUACUGCACAGAAUCUAUCUGCCUCCCGGGAUGUGAUGAAGAACAUGGCUUUUGUGAGAAACCUGGGGAGUGCAAGUGCAGAGUGGGUUUCAAAGGGCGGUACUGUGACGAGUGCAUCCGCUACCCGGGCUGCCUCCACGGGACCUGCCAGCAGCCGUGGCAGUGCAACUGUCAGGAGGGCUGGGGAGGCCUCUUCUGUAACCAAGAUUUGAACUACUGCACACAUCACAAGCCCUGCAUGAAUGGAGCCACUUGUAGCAACACUGGCCAGGGGAGCUACACCUGUUCCUGCAGACCGGGCUUCAGCGGAGCUGCCUGCGAGGUCGAGGUCAACGAAUGCGCCCUGAACCCCUGUCGAAAUGGGGGAAGCUGCACUGACAUGGAGAACACGUACACCUGUGCUUGCCCUCCUGGUUUCUACGGGAACAACUGUGAGCUGAGCGCCAUGACCUGCGCCGAUGCUCCCUGCUUCAACCAAGGCCGCUGCGCUGACAACCCGGCUGGCGGUUACUUCUGUCAGUGCCCGACGGGUUACGCCGGCUUCAACUGUGAGAAGAAGAUCGACCACUGCACGUCCAGCCCCUGCUCCAAUGGUGCCCGCUGUGUGGAUCUCGUCAACUCGUACCUGUGCCAGUGCCCGGACGGCUUCACAGGCAUGAACUGUGACCACACCGGCGACGAGUGCUCCGCCUACCCUUGCCAAAAUGGGGGUACAUGCCAGGAGGGCGUCGACGGCUACACCUGCAUGUGCCCCACGGGCUACGGCGGCCGCAACUGCAGCUCCCCCAUCAGCCGCUGCGAGCACAACCCCUGUCACAAUGGCGCCACCUGCCACGAGCGGAGCAACCGCUACGUGUGCGCCUGCGUGCCCGGCUACGGUGGCCGCAACUGCCAGUUCCUCCUUCCGGAACACGCGGCUAUCCGAGGCUCCGAGAUCCCUUGGAUGGCAGUGGGAUCCGGGACAGCUCUGGUGCUUCUUCUGCUUGCAGGUUGUGCGGUGCUGGUGGGUUGCUUCCGCAACAAGGUGCAGGGCGACGGCCAGGGCGAUGCCACCGUUGGCGAAGGUGAGACUAUAAACAACCUAACCAAUAACUGUCACCGGGGCGACAAGGAUCUGUCAGUCAGCGUUGUCGGGCUCGGGCCGCAGCCUGGCGUCAAGAACAUCAACAAGAAGAUGGACUUUGGAAGUGAUUCCGAGAUGGACGGACCUUCAUCGUCAUGUCGGAGAAGCUACAAGAGCCGCCAACCACCCACGGAUUAUAACCUUGUGCACGAGGUGAAUUAUAAGCAGGCGGCCAAAGAGUCGAUGCUGAGCCUCGAGGCCUCAGCCUGCGAGGAGAAGUGCCAACCGCUGGACUCGAGCUUCGAGUAUGAGGACUGCAGCAAUAAACGCAGCAAACGUUUAAAAAGUGAUGCAUCAGAAACUUCAAGAAAUGAAACAAAACUUCCAGAAAUGUCUACAUGUGUGGACACCAAGUACAAAUCCGUGUUUGUUAUGUCGGAGGAAAAGGAUGAAUGUAUAAUUGCAACUGAAGUGUAACGCGAGCCACCGAGAGGCUGUUUGUUGCUCAUUUGCUCUAUGGGAGACUUUUUAUACUCCUUCAAAUGCUGCUCUAACACUAGGGGGAGGUGUCCCGCCUUGAGACUGCUGCUGAUACUGAGACGUUUAACUGAUAUUCAGAGUGAGCUGGUUCUCUACUGGAAAAUAAGCGCAUGCAGUGACCUGUGGGAGAGGAAACGGUGGGGCAAAAACCUGACUUUUUUACCCUCUCAAGUAUAUCACAAGUUUCUGUUGACAUUAAUAAAAAUAAUAUUUUUAUGAGAUUGAAAAUGGACACAAAGGCGUAUAAAGAUGAUUUACGAUGCCAUGAUUUCGGUUAGUCAGCUUAAUGGCACCCCAGCGGCGUCUGAAGGAACCGGAAUGUUUUUUCAGGGAUACUGUAUCUUCAACCUAGUUUUCUCCCCCCCCCCCCCCCCCC